AGAACAUGCGCAGAGCGCGGCGUGCUCCCCUUCUAUAGAGCAGCUGUCCAGGGUUUGGAAUUCCAACAUGGCAGAGCCUGUGGUCAGUCUUCCCCACACUAACUUGGAAUGGUUUCAAAUCGCAAGCAGCCGCGCUUAACCCGAGCAAGCCAUUCAUCAGUAUACUCACUGGAUCGAUGUUACUGUAACCCCGAGACUGCCCUGUCACGCAACCAGGCUUGAAGACAUGAUCACUAGCACCAGUAUUUAUGGCCUAAAGAUGCAGUGGACCCCAGAGCAUGCGCAGUGGGCAGAGCAGCACUUUGACAUCUCGUCCACCACCCGCUCCCCUGCUCACAAAGUGGAGGCCUACCGCGGGCACCUCCAGCGCACCUACCAGUACGCCUGGGCCAACGACGACAUCUCCGCCCUCACCGCCUCCAACCUGCUCAAGAAAUACGCGGAGAAGUACUCGGGCCUCCUGGAGGGCCCGGGCGAGAGGGCCCUGCUGUGCUCCUACGCCGAGGGGGCGCCGGGACUCAUGAACGGCCGCAAGUCGGAGAGCGAUUCCUGGCAGGAGGGGAUUUACCCCAUGAACUGCGCUCCAGAUGUUGUAUCUGUGAGCAAAGCUGGGAUGACAGCUGCCCUGCCCCCCACAGACGUGUCUGCCAGCACAGGCGGCUCCCCGGGGCCCGUCAGCAGCCUGGCCGAGGCCAGAUACUCCAGCAGCAACUGUGGGAGCCACGCGGUCGCUAGCAUCCACUCGGCCCUGUCCUCUCAGGAAUACGCCGGCGGUUACAACGGCUCCUACCUGCACAGCAGUUACAGCGGGCAGACCACCCCGGCCCUCCCCUCGCCUCACCCCUCCCCGCUGCACAGCGCCGGGCUUCUGCAGCCUCCCCCUCCGCCCCCUCCCCCUCCCCCCACACUGGUGCCCAGCUACAACGCGGGCCCCCCCAACCUGUCCAACUACAACUACCCCUCCACAGGGUAUCCCCCCCAGACUGCUGUCGCCCCAGGCUAUAGCCCGGGGGGAGGCCCCCUUCCAUCCGCCUACCUGCCCUCCGGGAUCACCGCCCCCACCCCCCUCCCCCCCUCCACCCUCCCCGGCUACACCUACCAGUCCCACAACCAUGCGCCGAUCGCACCAACUCCUCUGAACGGCAGCUCGGCCAACUCGCUGAAAAGAAAAGCUUUCUACAUGACCGGCCACGGAGAUAUGGACUCCAGUUAUGGUCAUUUCAACUACAGCCAACAGAGUUCCUCCCAGAGCCCCAUGUACAGGAUAGCAGACGGCGGCCUCUCAGACGCCAGCAGAGGGAACGGGUUUGACAGGAAUGCCGAGGCGGCAUCUCUAGCGUUCAAGCCCACGAAGCAGCCGAUAUCCUCUGAUCUGCAAAGAAAAUGUAGCGGUCAGUCCGGCAGAGCGCCCACUCCCCCGCCCUACGGAGCAACCAAAAACGGCGGCCUGCGCCCGUGCGACUCCUUUGGGAAGUUCCCGUCCCCGCUCAUGAGCGAGCCGAGCGAGGAACACCGACAGCACCUCGCGCAUUCCAUCGCCGGGUCGGACAUCGGCACCGCUACCUCAUCCACACACGCUGCGGAGGAACAGCUGAAGAACAGCGACGCCAACCUGGUGGAGAUGGUCACCACCGAGAUCCUCCAACAGGCGCCCCCGGUGGACUGGAGUGACAUUGCGGGUCUAGAUCUGGCCAAAGCCGCCAUCAAAGAAGAGAUUCUCUGGCCCAUCCUUCGGCCCGACAUGUUCAGCGGACUGUCCUCGUUACCUCGGAGCCUGCUCCUGUUUGGACCUCAGGGCUCAGGCAGGACUCUGUUGGCCCGCUGCAUGGCCAGCCAGCUGGGCGCCGCCUUCCUACACCUCAGCGGCUCCGCCCUGGUCACCAAGUGGCCGGGCGACGGCGAGAAGAUCGUCCAGGCCUCCUUCCUGGUGGCGCGCUGCCGCCAGCCGGCCGUGGUGUUCAUCAGCGAGGUGGACGUGCUGCUGUCGGCCCAGCAGAGCGACGACGGCCCCGCCAGCCGCAUCAAGAGCGAGCUGCUCAUGCAGCUGGACAGCCUGCUGGCGUCGUCCGAGGAGCACGUGCUGGUGGUGUGCUCCAGCAGCAGGCCCGAGGACAUCCCCGACGCUCUGCGGAGGUACUUCGCCAGGCGCCUCCUCGUCCCCCUGCCCGACACGGCCGCCCGCCACCACAUGAUCGGCCAGCUGCUCUCCCAGCACAACUACUGCCUCAGUGACAAGGAGCGGGCGAUGCUGGUCCAGAGGACCGAGGGUUUCUCUGGGCUGGACGUGGCCAGGCUGUGCCAGGAGGCCGUGGUGGGCUCCCUCCACGGCCUCCCCGCCAGCGACCUCUCAGCCAUGCACCCCAGCCAGAUGAGAGCCGUGGCGUACCAGGACUUCGACAACGUCUUUUGCAAAUUCCAGCCCAGCAUUUCACAGAAGGAACUCGACACGUACACCGAAUGGAAUAAAAUGUUUGGUUGUAGUCAAUGAGGGGAAGCUGUUGUGAGACUGUGUGAGCGAUCCUCAUACUGUGCUGUGUGCUCCCCCCUGCUGGGACAGAAGAAAGGACAGGUUAAGGUGCCCUUAAACCCUCGGUGCAGCAAAUGCACAUCCCAGUAUAGACCUGGAUAAAACACAGGCACAGGCUUUAGACACAUGCUGGCGGUCGGCACAUUUAACAGUAGGGAAAUGGUAUUUCUAUGCUUGCUUCUGCCGAAGCCAAGUACUGCUCACAUCGCUCUGAACUGAUGAAAUCCCUGUGUGUGUGUGUGUGUGUAUAUAAUUCUGCUGUUCUUGAGAUUUCAUUUGCUAUCAAGUGCCUGAGGUGGGUGCUCCUUUAUUUUGGUCCUCGUUAUUUCUUCGCCUCACAAUCUACAUUGGUGGCAUGUGCUAAUAUAAAAAAAGCUUUAAUAUGAGACAAAAAUAAAACAUUUAGCCCCCGU